GUUUUCAGUCUAUGUACGGAUAAUAUGCAAUUGGAAGUGUUCUUUGUUUUCCGUUUACGCUCCCUGUAGGUCCCGAAGUACAAAGUUCGCAAGGGGCCUUGUAUAAGUCCAGAGGGAGAGGAGUGCGUCAUGAUUUUGGAUACAUGAACUGUAUCUUGUUUGGAGCUCCAUAAGUCACGUUCUUGGGCUCCCUUGAGUUCCGAGGGCUGACGCGUGUCAUCUUAGAUCCGCCCCUGACCGGAGCUAUAUGACCUAGAGCGGAGUGUCGUGACUAAUUCCGCGAGUAAAGCAGUGUGUGGGCAGGAAAUGCAACAUCGCGGCAGUGCAAGGAGCAUAUUAAUUAUUUGAUAAAACUGCACUUGUUGAAUGGGAGUUGAACUUGCAUUGACGUUUGACAUUUCCCUCAUCAGUGACUUUCAGGCGACUUCUCUCUUAUCUUCGAAGAUAACAUAUUUUUUACUUCGCAUUUCCAGUGAUAUUCUAUUACUUGCGAAGAGUGUCUAGACUGUCACACUUAAAAGAUCCGAUCUAAUCCUGGAAAUCAAAUCCAACGCGAAACUGCCUCACAAAUAUGUCUCACCAGCAACCUCUAAAUAAGGUUGAUAACAAUGCAGGAGUUAAUUGUAAUACACAAAGAACAAGCUCAUGGUGGUCUGGAGUUCAAAUGGGCCCUCCGGAUUUCAUCCAGGGUGUAAAAGAAGCUUUCAUGAGAGAUACAAACCCUAAUAAAAUAAAUCUUAGUGUAGGAACUUAUUAUGAUGAUAAUGGCAAACCAUACGUACUUUCAUGUGUUCGGAAAGCUGAAGACCAGCUAAGAGCUAAGAACCUAGAUAAAGAAUACUGUCCAAUUUCUGGCACGCCAGAGUUUUGCAAACGUAGUAUUGAAUUCGCAUUAUCUGAGGACUCUGAUGUUAUUAAAAAUGGGCUAAAUGCAACUGUCCAAGGUAUCUCAGGAGCAGGAUCACUCAGGAUUGGUGCAGCAUUCUUGAACAGGUUCUUCCCUGGCAACAAAGCUAUUUACCUUCCCAAUCCUACUUAUAGUAACCACACUCCCAUUUUUACACAAGCUGGGUUACAUGUCAAGGCAUACACGUAUUAUGAUCCAAAAACUUGUGGAUUUGAUUUUACGGGUUUUAUGGAUGAAAUUUCAAAAAUUCCAGAAAGAUCUAUAAUACUCCUACAUGCAUGUGCACACAAUCCGACAGGUGUGGACCCAAACAAAGAACAGUGGGCAGAGAUAUCACAGUUAGCGAAAAAGAAGAACCUGUAUGUAUUCUUUGAUAUGGCGUACCAGGGAUUUGCAACUGGAGAUAUUGACAAUGAUGCAUUUGCUGUACGCCAGUUCAUAAAAGAUGGCCAUCAAAUCUGCCUUGCUCAAAGUUUCUCCAAAAAUAUGGGUCUGUAUGGAGAAAGAGUUGGUGCAUUUACUGUAGUUUGUUCUUCCAAAGAGGAAGCAGAUAGAGUGAUGUCUCAAUUGAAAAUUAUUAUCAGAGCUCUAUAUUCCUUUCCACCAAUUAAUGGAGCAAGGAUUGUUACAGAAAUUUUAGGUGAUCCUAAACUCAAGAGUGAUUGGCUACAGGAAUUAAAAGGAAUGGCUGAUAGAAUUAUCUCCGUCCGAUCCAAACUAAGAGACUGUCUAAAAAAAGUAGGUUCAACUCGCAACUGGGAACACAUAACAAAUCAGAUUGGUAUGUUCUGUUUCACUGGAAUGACACCUGAUCAGGUUGGAAGGUUGAUUAAGGAGCAUAGUAUUUAUUUAACCAUAGAUGGUCGUAUUUCGAUGGCUUGCGUCACAUCAAAAAACGUGGAAUCUAUUGCACGUGCAAUACAUCAAGUUACCAAUUAAUUCUUCUGCUGAGACUUACCCUGUGCCAGCUAUGAGUUUAUAUGUUACGUGUUAUUGAACAGUCCUUUACAAAGAGGCUCUGUACAGAUAUAUAUUUAAGAAACAACUUAAUAAGUUUUUCGCUUUUCAGUUCAAGCGUCAUUUGCAUAAUAUAGUAUUGUUUAAUAUGUAUUUCGUAUAUGUAUAUUUUUCUUUUUUACCUCAAAGUUAUUAUUUAAGUGAAACUGAAUAUAUUAUUUGUUCUGAAAAUCAUUUUGAGUUGUCUUU